UUAAUAGCGUUGUGCUGCUAACUGGAGCAUUUCAUCAGCAGAACUCGUAACUAAGCAACUUCACGGCUCCUUCCUGGAGCCUGGUUCUUCUCCCAUGAUGCACUGGGGCGGCCUUUAAAAGCGCACACACACACAGCCCCAGCUUGUCUCCGGUCAGUGAGAGUGCUGCAGGUCUGUGACCGAGCUGUGCAUAAACAGGUCCUCACUCCAGCUGACACAGCAUUCCCCUGAGGUCGGACUGGGUUACGGAUGGUGAAUUACUCAGUGGAGCUCCUGCUGAAUAGUUACUGUUUUGGUUGUCAGAGAAAAGACAGGACUUUGUUUGCUUCUCAGGAGACCAUGCGCAACACAGAGGAGAGCGCUUCUCUAGUGGGCUCCAGACUGCACUGCUCCAGGCAGCAGGCUCCAGGGCCUCUGUGGUGCUCCGAUGCCCCUCACCCACUAACGAAGAUCCCGAGUGGGCGAGGGACCGGAAGGGAUCUCCCUCUCAGUGUACCUCUUCACAAGGACGACAGGUUGACGGUGACUCGGUCGGGUGCGGUGAGUGGAACCCCCUCGAUCCUGCACUUCCAGUACAAGCUGAGUGAGCGGCGUUUCUCCUGCUGGGACACGGUGCUGGCAGCCAACUGCCUUUAUCUGGAGAUCCCCAGCGGAGCUUUGCCGGACGGCAGCAAAGAGGGUCUCACCAGUCUGUUGGAGUUUGCAGAGGAGAGUCUCAAAGUCGGCUAUGUGUUCCUGUGGUUCUACAAAACCAGGGAGGAUCGAUUGUCCAUCACGAAGACCUUCCACUACAUGGGUUUUGAGGUUGUGAAGCCCGGUCACCCUCUGGUGCCGACCCGGCCCGAUCUCUUCUUCAUGGUCUACUCUAUGGACAACAGCAGCUCUGAUGAGGAAUGAGUGGUCAUGCUCUGAAAAAGCCCCCUUGAUCCCAGCUAGACCUUCUUGCUCUUUCUCCUUGCCCUCCUCCACAACGUUGCCUACUUAACCCCAUCCUCAUUAAAACUUUUAAAUAAAGUGGGGGCCGGAGGAGUAGGAAUGGAGAACGGAUCCUACAGACUGGUUGACAUCCCUGGUUAGUUGGUGCUACAAGCAACAUACAGCGCAUCCUCUGUUAGUUUGCACCAAGUCUAUAUUCCUUAUAUGUGCGGCCUGCUUUAGACAGGAUAUAGUUACGAGUGGAAUCAUAUAAGGGAAAGACUUCGUUAAUAGAUCGUAAGCCAUUCCGCUUCAGGGUCAUAAUUCAGCACAGGAAUGAUUUUUUUUUUUUUUUUGUUACUCCUUGUGUUUUACAUUUCUCACUGUUCUGUUGGUCACCAUUCCUUAUUUUGCAUCACAAAACAUUUCAGAGUAGAUCAAGUCUCCACAGCUCAUACAACAAUCAAGGGUGAAACUUGCCCUGCAUAUUCUGGGAAUCUUAAUGAAUAUACGCAAUAGUGUUAAAUAAUCUGUAGGAUUGCUCAAAGCUAUUCGCAGUAAUGUGGUAAAUGGCUACGUAAAGCUAAUGACGAUAUAUGAUUUAUUAAUAUCGGGUCUAUGGUGCUCCAUAACAGGGGUCCAAUCUGAUUGAUUCUGGGGUUUAUAUGAAGCUACAACCCUUUUAAUGUAGUUCAGUUCAGAUUUAGCCCAGAGUAGGAUCAGGUGUAGACUGAGACAUUUUGAGUACACAUUUUUAAAAUAAUGCUCAUGAUUCUACCAAUAGAAAAGCAAUUAAGCAGGCACUUAAACUGAUAAUGAGAAGCAAGAGAGGUCUCUGACUCGAGCUAUUUCAGAAUCAUCCCUUGUCCUUGUAUAUUUCCUCAACCUUGUUUUAUUCUGCACCAGUCUUACUUAAGUUGGAUUUAAGUUUGCACCGUUUUAGUGUUCACCAGUCGGAUAAAUAAACGUGGCUCUAUCCUCUCUCUAACAAACGCACUUUAGCAUUGUGGGUACAUCGCAACAGAGAUGUCUCACACUACUAAGCUGUCUUUCUUUAUUGUAUUUCUUGAAAUUGAGACAGUUGCCAAAGAAAAUGGUUCCCCCCCCACCCUAAAGCUCACACAUUUUCACCUUUAAAAUUAGAGUAGCUCCAUUCAGGCUUGAGGUUGACCUCAUGCAGUCAGGACAAACAAUAAACAGUAGAUGAGUCUCAAUACAUUCCCCAUAGCUGGAGCAUUCUGAUCUCCUGACCUGAACACGGUCAGGCCUGUGGAAGCCAAGGGCAAGCCGUGCUUGGGCUCCAUCUCUGGGACUUUUGGGUUCUGCAUGUGUAUAUACAGUAAAUCUUACAUUUAUAGAGUUAACUUUGAGCCAUGACAAUAAGCUGUUAUAUAGUAAGUUUCUUUUCAGCUUUGGAGAUUUUAUUUUUGUCUAUCUGCAUUGAUUGAUUGAUUAUUUUUUGUGUCUUGAUUUUUCUUUGUAGAUUAGGAUUUUGUUUACAGUAAUAAAAAAUAAAAAUAAAAAAUUUAAGGACACUUGUAUACCCAGACCCUUUUUCUUUCUUUCUUUCUUUCUUUCUUUUUUUUGUCUGAAUAAAAUAUAAAAUGUGA